AUGGCCUCGGGUAGCUGCGCCUGUCAUUACGUUCGGUACACGACUACCAGCGUCCCAAGCGCUCCGGUGAACUGUCAUUGCACAACCUGUCGCAAACAGGCCGGUGCUCCCUACCAGACCUGGGCCUUUUUCCCUGCGACGCAUGUCCAGUGGCAGGUCUACCCCACGGGUCGGCGAUCCAGUACCUCUGCCACUCGCAGCUUUUGCCCGCGAUGCGGUUCGACCCUCAGCAUGAUACUAGAUCGGUAUCCCGAGGAGAUCGCCCUGGCUGCGGGAACUCUGGAUGAGGGAGAGGGUCCGAUUCCAUUGCCUCGAGCUCAUAUUUUCCUCAAGGAGAAAGCAUCGUGGUAUGAAGUGCCUGAAGGGGAUGGGGCGGAAAAGUACCAAGAGUGGGAAGAAUGA